UCCUCAAUGGUCUGAAAAAUCAUUCCGAGACAGGCGUGACUUCGAAUGCGAAAAAACAGGAAGAGGUGUGUGCUCGUGCAGCCUACUGUUUGUCUUUGGGUUAGGUUACAAUUUACCCUUUCAGGGGAAAAUGGCGAUAGGAAAUACAAUAGCGUAGAUUCCCAGUAUUAGAAUUUCCAGAAAUUAAACGAAGUGCAGUGGUUGUUGCUGAGUCAGAAUGGGAAACAACAGCAGCAGUGGUGAGCGGGCCAGUGCAGGUCAGGGUGAGAGACCCUAUCAGCGUGAUGAUGGACAAGGUGCCAAGGAUGGCGCACGGCCCAAGAUUCUCAUGGACAGCACAGAUGAUGCUGACCUGUUUAACACCCGAGAGGCUAAAAAUGCUCCUCAGGAGAUCCAGGAGUUUCUAGCCUGGCAGAGGGACCUUGAGAGUGACAGUAAAUGUCCCAGUCAGGCCAAGCCCACUGUGUUCCGUUGGACAGGCGCUGGCAAAGAGAUCUUUGUGUCUGGAUCAUUCAACAACUGGGCCACCAAGAUUCCCCUCAACAAAAGCCAGAACAACUUUGCAGCGGUUGUGGACUUGCCUGAGGGAGAGCACCAGUAUAAGUUCUGUGUAGAUGGACAGUGGACCCUCGACCCGACAGGGGCUGUGUUGACGACCAAAACUGGCACUGUCAAUAAUGUCAUUCAGGUGAAGAGGACUGACUUUGAGGUGUUUGAAGCCCUCAUGAUUGAUUCUCAGGAAUGUGCAGAUAUGUCAGACCUCUCGAGUUCCCCUCCGGGACCCUACCAGCAGGACCCAUACAUAACCAAGACAAGCGACAAGCUCAAGAACCCCCCCAUCCUGCCACCACACUUGCUGCAAGUCCUACUCAAUAAGGACACUGGCGUGUCUUGUGACCCAGCCCUUCUUCCAGAGCCCAACCAUGUGAUGCUCAACCACCUCUAUGCCCUCUCCAUCAAGGAUGGGGUGAUGGUUCUUAGCGCAACCCACCGCUACAAAAAGAAGACAAUGACUCAACACACCUCCAGGCUGUGUAAUUGCUAUUUGACCAAGAAGAAGAGUGAUGGAGUGCUGCAUCAGAUGACCUGGCCUCCACAAUCACCUGACCUCAACCCAAUUGAGAUGGUUUGGGAUGACUUGGACUGCAGAGUGAAGGAAAGCAGCCAACAAGUGCUCAGCACUCCUUCAAGACUGUUGGAAAAGCAUUCCAGAUGAAGCUGGUUGAGAGAAUGCGAAGAGUAAGCAAUGCUGUCAUUAAGGCAAAGGGUGGCUACUUUGAAGAGUCUAACAUAUCAAAUAUAUUUUGAUUUAACACUUUUUUGGUUAUAUGAUUCCAUAUGUGUUGUUUCAUAGUUGUGAUGUCUUCACUAUUAUUCCACAAUGUAGAAAAUAGUAAAAAUAAAGAAAAACCCUUGAGUAGGUGUGUCCAAACGAG